CCAUUCACCAGCAGCAUGAAGUCUGUCUGUCAGUUCAGUUGGUUAGUUUGCGAAGUUGUGGUGAGAUUGUUGUGUCGUCUGUUGACUUUGGAUGUAGUUGGUUGUUUGUUGUCAGAAGAAACUCUGUAUCCGAGUUAUGCCCUCUAAAUAUUAUUUUUCUUGAAACUAUGCUUUGAUUUGUGCUUGAAUUGUUUUCGUGAUUAUGUGUACUAAGUAAUAACAAAUUAUUUUCGAAAAACUUUGUGACGGCACUUUUAGAAACUUUAUUGUGUUACUAGAUUAUUUAUGUAAUAGGCCUACUGGAUGAGAGAUAAGAUUUUUUUUAAUCGAAGAUUUUUAAUAACGCUUUUAAUUUAAUCUCAACAAGCAAUCUAAAAUAAAAAAUACAAUUAAAAGUGGGUGUGGAAGUGUAUUACUGUUGUGAAAACACCUUAUAGCUUAUUAUAUUUUAAAGUGUCAAGUUCUUUGUGAUAAUAAUCUACUCAAAAUCUUCAUUGUGUAUGCCAGCAAUUAUUCAUGAGGCGUGGAGCCGGGGCCAGGAUGGCGGCCGUGAACACAGUCUCCACGAUCAUGUGCCUCACUCUGUACUGUUCAGGGGUGUUAGGGAACCAGCCGCCAGUGUUCACAGAUGACAUGGACAACUUGGUCCUCCUGGAGGAUACACCGGUGGGGACCAUCAUCCACCAGUUGAAGGGCAGUGAUCCAGAAGGCUCUCCGGUACACUUCGGAAUUGUGGGAACGGACCGCUUACAGGUGGACAGGGAGACUGGACAAGUGAAACUGGUACAUCCACUUGACAGAGAGGUAAAUGACACGCUGAGGAUAUUCGUCACUCUAGAGGAUGAGGUGGACAACCAUGACAACUCCAUUGCCAACAAUUUGGUCCAAGUUCCUAUAUCUAUCAUUGUCAUUGACGAGAAUGACAAUGCACCUGUGUUCAAGAAUGCUCCAUACGAGGUGUCAGUGAUGGAGGACACCCCAGUGGGCAGUACCGUGUUCUCUGACAUUGUGGUGGAGGAUGCUGACCUGUCAGGAGACACGCUGGAGGUCCUGUGUGUGGAGCACCCUCAGUUCCCCAAGACCUGUUCUAAAUUCUCUGUAGCCAGUUGGAACUCUAGCCAGUUCAGCUACUAUGGCAGCAUCGUCCUGCAAGAGGCUCUGGACUACAAUGAGAGGCAGUUCUACCAACUGUUGCUGGUUGCCACAGAUGGAGUGCACAACACAACGACAAGCCUGGAAGUGAAAGUUGGGGACAUCCAGAACACUGGCCCCGUAUUCUUGGGAUCUCUGACAGGAGUGAUACAGGAGGAUGAUCCUAUCGGGACACUUGUCAUGACAGUGCAGGCUCGUGAUGGUGAUCGGGGACAGCCCCGGAAGAUAUACUACGAACUGGUUACCAAUCCUCUGGACUACUUCUUGUUGGACAGUACAACAGGAGAGUUGAGGACAGCUAAACCUCUGGAUAGGGAAGCUCUACUGAACUCCACUGGUGUCAUUUCCCUUAUUAUCAAGGCGAGAGAAAUGGUAGAUGGAGUGUUGGGUAACGACUCCUUGACCUCCACCGCGGCUGUGGCGUCUGUCACAAUCAAGGAUGUCAACGAUGAGCCACCCCAGUUUAACCAGCGAGAGUACAGUGUCAGCCUGCCCGAGAACAUCCCUGACGGUACCACUUUGCCCAAUCUGGAAAUGAUUGUCACCGACCCUGACGUUGGGAAGAACGCAGAGUUCUCACUGCGUCUGUCAGAUGUCUCUGGGUCGUUUGCUGUAGAACCGACACACGCCAGUGGCUCCACAGCUGUUUCUAUCCGAGUGGUCAACGGCAACCUGGAUUAUGAGAACCCCAACAAUCGAAAGUUCAUUGUUCUUGUGAUAGCGGAAGAGACUGAGACAGAACAGAAGCUAUCAUCAACGACGACAGUUACAGUUGAGAUUACGGACAGCAACGAUAACGCUCCACAGUUUGAGCAGGAGGCACUCACAGCCACUGUUAGUGAGACAGCUUCCCCCGGCACUGUCGUGGCUACCUUCACCGCUAACGAUCGUGACAGUGGUUCAUUCGGUCAGGACGGCAUCGUCUAUCAGCUAAUCGGUGAUGGUGCUGACAAGUUUGAAGUAGAGAAGAAGACUGGGACAAUAAAAGUAGCAGAGUGUGAUCAGCCAGGAGCUCCUCACUGCUUGGACUUUGAAACUCGUCAGCUGUACUUCUUAUCAUUUAAGGCAACAGACAACGAGGGUUUGGGCCAGAGUUCUGUGGUACCACUCAAGAUCUCGUUACUGGACAGUAACGACAAUCCACCGAUGUUUACCAGUGACACGUACAGAGCUGUUAUCGACGAAGGAGCCACCAAGUUUGAACCUCCUCUACAGGUCCAGGCUCGAGAUGCUGACAAGACGUCACAGAUAAUGUACGCCAUCGUGGGAGGCAAUGAUCACCAACUCUUUGCGAUAGAUAAACAUUCAGGAGAGAUCACAGUGGCAGAUCCUAAAGGCUUGGACAUGUCUGAAGUCAGUGCCGACUAUGUUAAUUUAAUGAUAGAGGCCAGUGAUGGAAUGUUCCACAGCAACUGUUCUGUCAACAUUACGGUGUUGGAUGUCAACAACAAUGCUCCUGUUUUCCCUGAAGAUAGUUACUCUGCAGUUGUCAUGGAGGACACUCCAGUCGGAACAAGUGUGACGAAGGUGUCAGCAACAGACGCAGACAUGGGAAUCAACGCAGAGCUCAUCUAUCGGAUAGAGAAGGGAGCCUUCGAGGACUUUGCCAUCGACAACCAGACUGGAGAGCUGAGGGUAGCCAGUAAACUAGACUAUGAUUUACGCAACUUGUACAGUAUUCAUGUCAUAGCAGUGGACGGAGGAACCCCAGCACUCACCGGUACCACAACUGUACAAGUCACUGUACACAACAGCAAUGACAAGAUUCCAUUCUUUGAUCCUCCAACACAAAGGGCCGAGGUUGCUGAGGAUGCUCCGGUAGGAACUGUCAUCCACCGAUUACUGGCCAGGGACUUGGAUGUCAACUCUUCAGAAGCUCUUAACUUCGCAGCAACCGAUCCUAUCACAGCCACUGACAAGAACGGCAAGGAGGUGAAGAGUGAUGUCACAUUCAAGGAGUUCUUCACAGUGAACCGAGCGACUGGUGAGGUGAGUGUUGCUCGGACGCUGUUGCGUGAUGUAGCUGCUGUUGUCAGCAUCACUGUUCUAGUCACCGACAUCACUGCUCCUACAGUACAACAGGGCACAGGGACUCUGAUUGUGACGAUCAUUGAUGUGAAUGACUAUGCCCCUGAGUUCCCCCCACCAUGGAGCCGUGAUAACCCUGCCUACAUAUUGGAGUUGGUAGAAGGGCAACCGGCAGGGGCACAUCUCGGAACUUUCACCGCCACUGAUCGGGACUCCAACAUUGCCCGCUACGAGAUCAGCCCUCCCAGUCCCUACUUUGAAAUCAACAAUGCUACAGGAAUGGUGACAACAGCGCAGAAAAUGGACUACGAGGAAACACCUCAGGCCAACUUCACCGUCAUCGCAUACGACAGUGGCGCACCUCAGUUUUCGGCUCAGGCACACGUCACAGUCAACAUCAUCAACAUCAAUGAUAUGGAUCCUGUGUUCAAUCAGACUGAGUAUGUUGCAAGUAUACCAGAAAAUUCACCGGUGGGGACUUUCGUGGCGAUGGUUCACGCUGAGGACAAGGAUGCAGGGGACUAUGGAACUGUCAGGUACAGCUUGACGGGGGCACACAGCAGUGGCUUCACAGUGGACCCUGUGUCGGGAGCGGUCACUGUAGUGGAUCCCAGCUUACUGGAUCGUGAAGCUCGCCAGGAGCUCACUGUGCAAGUGGUGGCAACUGAUGGUGGACCGGGAGAGUCUGUCAGAACUGCAACAGUACCGUUGAAGGUGAAGCUAACUGAUGUGAACGACAAUCCACCUGUGUUCACUGCCCACUUCUACACAGCUUCUAUUGAGGAGACAGUGUCCUUGUCACCUCCGGGCCCUAUUGUACAGUUCCGGGCCCAGGACCUCGACCUGACCUCACAACUCCGGUAUUCUAUCCUGUCAGGCAAUGUGGGAGAUGUGUUCAGCUUGGACCCGGUAACUGGUAUACUGUAUCCCCAAGUGUCUCUGAUGGGCCAGCCACACCAGUACACUCUGAUUGUGGGGGUGAGUGACGGAGAGCACACGGACCAGGCCAAGGUAGAUAUCACCAUCCUUGACGUCAACCAGAACCAGCCGAAAUUCAUUGACCCUCCCUCCCAGAACGCUACUGUCUACAUCCCUGAGACUGAUGUGGCAGACACUUUGAUAAUGACAGUAAAAGCAGAGGAUGGAGAUCCGGGUGAAAACGGCCGCAUAACAUACCACUUCAAGGUCAACGACUCCAAUGUCCAGGAGACUGAUGAGUUCUCUAUCAAUGAAGAAACUGGAGAGUUGCGUUCAAAAAUCAUCCUGGACAGAGAGACCAGGAAACAGUAUCAGCUAGUGUUGGUUGCCAGAGACCAUGCCUCACCCAAGUGGUACGAGGCCCUCAGGUUCCUCACUAUCAUCCUGCAAGACGUUGAUGACAACUUGCCGCAAUUUCCUCACCUCAACGACUCCCAGCCUUUCAUCUUCCAAGUUAUGGAGAAUCUGCCUCCUAGAUCUCGAAUUGGUAAGGUGACGGCAGUGGAUAAGGAUGAGGGGGACAAUGCCAGGGUGUACUACUACGUGGUAGAUGGUAACUAUGACCGAAGCUUCAUAGUAGACAGGCUGGACGGCACUAUCUACAGCAACACUACUCUGGACCGUGAGCUCAAGGACAACUAUGAUAUCUACAUCAAGGCAACCAAUGACCCAGACUAUUAUACAGCUAAGGACAGCAGUCCGACUAACAAUGCCAGCAGCAUCGCACAUGUUCGUAUCAUUGUGCUUGAUGAGAAUGACAAUGCACCAGUCUUCCAACGACCUGAGUACUACGCAGGUGUGAAUGUGAUAGCAGACACAGGCGAGUCUCUAUGUCAGCUCUUGGCUACGGACACAGAUGCAGGUGACAAUGCCAGCCUUACAUAUCAGGUGGUGGCCUCGCACCUGUAUCGUGCAGGUGCCAAUGUAUCGUCUGGCUCUGUGGUUCCUUCACCCUUCAGUAUCUCUCCCAGUGGUAGACUGUUCACUGUCACACUUGUUGCCGAGUACAACCAGGACCGCUUCCGGCUCGAAGUGGUUGCCAGAGAGAACGCCCACCCCUUCCGAGAAGCCAAGGCCAUCGUUCAUGUUUGGGUGUACGAGCAACAACAACUGAUUCGGGUAAUUCUCUCCCGGCCACCAGAGGAAGUGAAUCGUCAACGGGAGAGUAUAGUGAUGGAGCUGUCCAAUGCCACUCAGAGUCUGGUAGUUGUAGAUGACAUACGCUACCAUGUUGAUCCUUUAGGACACAAGCAGACUGACUGGUGUGACAUGUACCUGCAUGUGGUCAACCCGAAGACCCAGACUAUAGCUACGAUACCAGACGUUCUCAAAGUGAUAGACGCAAAAUAUGACUUCCUUAAGGACUGCUAUGCCGGCUUUGCAAUUGAAAAUGUUAUUCCUGCCUAUGUGGGAGUGCGGGAAGAUACGUUUGAACCUGCCCUGGCUGCCCUCAUCGCUUUACUCAUUGUGCUGUUUGUGGGCUGUGUCUCCGUCAUUGUUGUCUGUUGCUGCUUCAGGCAUUGGGUAAUAGCAGAACCGUUGGACAUGAAGUCUUCUGAUAUUCUAAUAAAGAAGGCAAUACUUGAUGAUUUGAACACAACAGAAAAUCCAUUGUGGAUUGAACAAAAACUGAAACUUUACGAGGAGCAGGAGUUGACAAUGCAGGUAUUCUGUGAGCCUGAAGUAACACAACCUGGCCACGAGAGGCGGGACUCUGCGGACAUGUCUAUGAUGGACAACACAUACGCUACGAUACAGCAGCCGAGCCGGAGAGGUUCCCUCAAUACAAUGCUGUCGUUGGGUGACUACGCCACUCUUGGUGGUUCCGUGCUGCCUCUCGAUAACGUUAGCUCACACAGUCAGCAGAUGUUUGAGGCAGCCCUUGGUUUCCAGGGGUCAACUUUCCAGGUGCCUGAGAACACGGAAUUGUUCCGAGGAAGAUCAGAGCUCAGAGUCAAUAAAGAUGGACAGCCGGAGUUUGUUUCAGAACUCAUUUGAUUGUUGUAGUAUGCUUAUUUUUUUAAAGUGCAACGAUUUUCACGAAGACACAUCGAUCAGAAGACUGCACGGACUUUGAAAAGUUAAUGUUUUUAUAGUUGGUGACAGACAUCAAUGACAAUAUUUUUCAAUUUGAAGCAAUACGUCGCUUCACAGUGUAAGAUAGUUCAAACACAAGAAUACAAGACUGUAUGUACAAUUUGUAAAAUCAUGGUAGCAGAAGAUGUUUAACAUCCAGUGCUAACACGAAAUGUUGGGAAAAGAAUGAAUGUUUGGGUAACAGUACCAGGUAACGGUAAAUCUGUAUUGGGAUUGGUGAGUGGUAACAAUCUUUUCUUACCAUUUCCAAAAUUAUGCUCUCAGUUUCUUCAUAAAAAGAGAAAUCAUGUUGAUUCUUGCAUUUGUGAACAAAUUAGUUUCAUUAAUUUUUGCCAAUAAUAUUUUGUAACUCUAUUUCAUUAUUGAAUCAUAUACUUUUCAUGCUUUGUUUCUUUACUUAAAAUGACACUGAAUAUGCAAGUUCAGUCUUUUCUAGCUUUAAAGAGACUUAAUUAUCCUUUAAAGUUUUAAUGAAAUCUAUAAUGGAUUUCUGUAUAGCAUACUCAUGAAAUUGAUAUGUUAAGUAUUUUAAGUAUUUAUAAUUUAAGUAAUUUAAAAAAAGUAAAAACAAUGGGUUUUAUUUAUACGUUUAUACAAAAUAGUAAUACAUUAAUAACACUAAUAAGUGAUAAAUAAUUGGUUGUUCUAUACAGGUAUUCAAAAUAUGAAAAAACGUAAACAAAAAAAUCUUGAAUGUAAUUUCUGUGAAAUUAAUACUGGCUCAAAUGACAAUACUUGUAACCAGGUGAUACUCAAAAUGUUUUUUUGUAAAGUGUGUGUUUUUUUUUUGUAAAUAAUGAAAAUAGUUCCAUUAUUCUGGUAGAUUGAUAUGAAGGUUUUUAACAGCCAUAUUGAACUUAAAUUAUUAAUGGUUGUAGUCUUGCUUCAUAAAAGAUGUUAUUUUGUAUUUAUAGGCGUGAUUAAAAGAGCCAAUUAAUAAUAAUGCAUUCAAUAAUAAUAUUUUAUAGUCAUAUCGUAUAAUGUUUAGAAAAACUCUCUUGAUACUUUUAUAUCUUUAUAUUAUAAAAUAAGUUUUAAAUAUUUUUUAUAAACUUUUACCUGUAAGAGAAUCUCAGAUUUACAAGAAAUAUGUUUGUUAGUUAGGCUUUAAAAGUCAAUGGAUUUUAAAAAUUCAUCAACUUCAUGCUCAAUUUUACAAUUUUUCAUCAAUUUAUAAACUUCAUGUUUGCUAGUUGUUUUAUUUGUGUUAGUAUUGAAUCAGUCAUCGAAUUAUAAAUACUGUUGGAUAACUCGGAGCAUGAGUCUUGAAUCAUUGUGUUUUCAGUUGAAAAUCUGAGUCAUUUAGACGAGUUUAUCUAGGUGUUCACUAAAACCUCACUUGCUCAAGAAUAUUCCAUGAAUAAUUGUAAAAAUGUGAAAAAAUGCAUUCAGUAUAAGGAGAACUGUACUUUGUGACAGUAAGACAUUGUAUAGAAAUCAUUAUUUUAGAGAUUAUUCCAUUUAACUCCUAAAUAGUAUUGCAAAUAAUUUAAAUCAAGGAAAUAAACAUAAAAAGUAGUGUAAUUAGAGUUGUAAAUAGAAAUUAAAAUCUUAGCAAUUUUCCAACAUUUACAAUGCAAAAAUUUUAAAGUGUUGUAGAAACUAAAUAAAAUAUACUCUUCUAUUUAAAUGGACAAAAAUAAGCUACAUAAUUCAUUUUAGUUAAAGUUUAAGAACUUUAAAUUUACAGUAAUUGUCGCACAGAUAAAUUUCUCAUAAAAUUAAUGUAAUGUGUACUAAUAUGUCCCAAAUGUAAAAAUAUAUAAGCAGCUAAAUAAUGUGAUAUGAUUCCUAAACUAUUUGUGAAAGUGUUUCUGAAAACGAGGAAUGCCUCUUAUAUUACUAUUAGUUAAUUUAUUGUCCUGUCUUAUUCAUCAAGUUUUAAAACAAAUCAUUACUUAGAUGUAUCCAUAUUAAAAUAUGUAGCAGUAUUAAAAUUUAGUUAUAUUCAUACAUUUUUUAAAAUAUAGUAUUAAAUAGGCUGUUUUUAAUACACUUUGAAAAAAUGUUGUUUGACUCAUGAAUCAGUGUUUUGGUUGUCAAUUCAACAUUUUUAUUUUCUGUUAAAAAUCGUUCAAAAUUAUAUUUGAAUGAAACAUAUUCUAUUACAAUAUUUUUGGUUCAAGAGCAAACGAAUCUCUUAUUCUUUGCAGUAAUACAGUAAAACACUCUCUGCAGUUCCACACAGAUGAUUCAGAUUCUGCAUAGAGCCGAGAAAUCCAGUAUUUUAUAUGAGUCGAUGGUGUUUGUACAAUAAUUUGUC